CCCGAUGCGUGACAUUAAAAAUUGAUCUUUGUUUUGUUUGUUUGCAUCCGAUUCGACUUUCCAAAAUUGUUUUGCAAAUCGCAAACUCAUUUGGUGACUCAGUCGCUUGAGUUCCUACAGAGUCGACCAAAAUAAUGGAGACUAACCUGCAACACGAAGAUCUUUUGAUAAAAUUACGGGCUAAACUAAACGAAGACAAAAUAAAACUGUGGGAACCACCAUACAUUCAACCAGACAAUGGGAUAUCGCAAAGUUUACAGGAACUAGCCAAAAAAUACUCAACGGCACUAUCAAUAGAUCUUGAUACUAUCCUUCAAGGCCUGCAUGAGCUGCAGCUACACUCCGUUGAUAGAUCGAAAGCUAACGAGGAGUACAAGGAGACAGGGUUUGCUACCUUGAGAAUUAAAGCUACUAUUCCCGGUGAAAGGCCUAAGAUUAUGAAGGUACAAAAAAAAUUGUAUGUGAUGGGAAGUGACUUGAUUACAGCUGUGGCUGAAGAGAUAGGAAUGGCACAGAUUAGAUUAAAGUUGAUCUUUAAUGGUAAAGUAAUAAAGCCAACUUCGAGCCUGGAGGAGCAGGGCAUCAAGAAUGGAGUGCAAAUUAUGGCUCUCAUCAUGUCUAAGACCCCAGACGAAGUGAAGAAGGAGGACGAGAUGUAUUUAGAGAUGAAGUCGACCAGAGAAGACGCCGCACUGCUGUCAAAAUAUGCUGAUGAAGAUUACAUGAAGCUGGAAGACCAGUCGGGCAAGGCUAUAGAGCUGCCGGCGGGUGAGCGGCGUGCACUGCUGGUGGGGCUGGCGCUGCACGAGCGCGGCCGCGCCGCCGCCCGCCGCCAGGACUACUCGCGGGCACUCGUGCUGCUGCUCGACGCAGACCGCCAGCUCAGUGAAUGCAGCUCAUCCAUCUUGAAGUCAGUGGACAACUACGCAGUACUUCAACUGGAUAUAGCGUGGUGCUACCUGUGCCUGCAGAGUCUGUCGUCGGCUACCGAUGCGGCCGCCAGGCUCGCGCGGGCCGAGGCCUCCCUCCUUCGGAUAUAUGGAGAACAGCACCAGACAGUGGCGGAACUGAAGGGAAAUUUAGCUACUGAGCGUGUGCUGUUGAUGCGACUGUAUUUGCUGCAAGGCAUUGUAGCUUAUCAUCAGAACAAGAGGGCCGAGGCCAGGCAGCUGCUCGACAAGGCCGAGUCUGAACUCAAUCUGCUAAGGGUGGAUGAGACGUCUGUGUGUGCACUGGUGGAGCUGGGGUGGUCGCGGGCGCAGGCGAGGGGUGGAUUGCGGGCGGCGGGCGGCGACCGCGACCGCGCUCACCUGCUGCUUGCUGCGAGGCGGGACGCCCGCCGCGACCUGCGCCGCCGCGCCAGCGACGACCGCCGCCGCGCCAGGGAGGAGCGCAAACGCGGGUUGUGUGCGGACGGCAGCGCGGUGAGCCCGCAGCUGGUGCGCGGGCUGCAGGCCAUGGGCUACACCCGCCGCCGCGCCACGCUGGCGCUGCGUGCCGCCAACAACCGCGCCGCCGAGGCCGUGCGCCUCAUACAGGAGCAGCCGGAACUGGUCUCGACAUCACUCUCCACUCCACUUUUGGCAGACAGCGAGGAUUCGUCAGACGACACUGAAACGACCAGUUCUGAUGUCUCGCUCGUAGAACCGGACAACAAGUUGAUUGCUGAGUUGGAAGCAAUGGGCUACGAGUCAGAAGAGGCGAAGGCAGCGCUGCGUGUGACCAACAACAGUCUCGACGAGGCCGCCAACCUGCUGGUCGCCAGUGGGGGACACAUCGUUGACGGUGCUGCAAACCCAACCGACCCGUCAACCAGCGCCGCGACGUCCAGUAAGAAGAAACCGAACAAACACAAAAAAAGCAAACGUAAGGAAGAAUGUGAAAUGGCACUCGAGAGGCUGUCGUCAGCGAUCAGGACAGAGGAAGACGACCACUUGGACACCACCCUGAUCGAAGAAGAGGAGUUUCUGGCACAAUAUAAAUCUCUCCUGUAAAAUUGAUCUAUCGAAUUCCUGAUUCGAUUAGAAAUAAGGUAAACAGUACUUUGGGAAAUUGUCUAAAGAAAUAUUAGGCAUUAUAGCCCAUUGUUGUCCCACUAUUGGGCAUGGAGAACAAUCAGGUUGUGGAAAACCUUCCUGCCCAACUGCUCUCUAGAGAUUACAGCGUUGAGUUCUUCAAAAAGGGCAUAUAAAAGUUUCUUAUGGGUCCGGCAACGCGCGCGUGGUACUACCUAGUGUUACGGGCGUCCAUAAGCUACGAUAACCCCGUUUACCAUCAGACUGGCCGUAUGCUUGUUUGCCACCAUAAUAGUAUAUAGAAAAUGGAUCGCUUCCGUUCUUUCACGAUGGUCGUGAUAUAAAUGUUAAACGCUACCUCACUAGUCCAACUAUUAAAAAAAACUACUGCUUUAGAUUUUUUUUUAAUUAACAAAUUCAACGUCUUUCUAAUCUUCGGCACCCUUGGCUGAACAAUAGAUUUUUAAUAUGUCUACAAUACAUUUUCCCUUUCUUAGGUGUUUCUUUAAUAUUAUUUUUUACUUACUAGCGGCCCGUCCCGGCGUCGCACGGGUGGACAUUUUUACAUUUUAAAAAGUGGCCAUUAAGGUUGCACACGCGACGGAAGCUUAAAAAUGGAGUAACUUCUCCCGUUUUCACAACAUUUCCCUUCACUGCUCUGCUCCUAUUGAUCGUAGCGUGAUGAAAAGUAUACUAUAACCUGCCCAGGAGUAUGAACAAUAAUAAUUGUACCAAGUUUCGUUAAAAUCCGUCGAGUAGUUUUUGCUUCUAUAACGAACAUACAGACAGACACAAAAAUUUUACUGAUUGCAUUUUUGGCAUCAGUAUCGAUUACUAAUCACCGCCUGAUAGUUAUUUUGGAAAUAUAUUUCAUGUACAGAAUUGAACUCUCUACAGAUUUAUUAUAAGUAUAGAUGUCUUAGGAAGAUCGAUAAAAUAAUAAUAAUAAUACAUAAUAAUGUUAUUAUUUUACGAAGUUUUAAAAUGAAUCUGUGAAUUUUAAUAACUAUAAAGAAAAUGACUAAAAUUUAUUUUAUAUAUUGUUCUAAAUACAUAUAAAAUAUUUCUGUAAAUGCUAAAUGUUUAUGUAAUUAAUUUUACAUUUUACAAACGUAAUGUACAAAUUUUUCUUCAUCGAAUUUAUAUGAAAUAAGUCCUAUGUAGUUUGUAGUUUAUAAAAAUAAAGUAAUAAUUGUUAAUGAUAAAAUAAAAAUAUGUUUUCGACUAUAAUCCCUAAUGGGGUAGUCAGUGGCGUUUGUCGCCUGUCGCCAUUUUGAUUGUCUAUCUAUCCUAUUUAAGAGCUGCGCUCUUGUCGGUGGAGCUCUUGCCACUCACUACGAUUUUCAGCGAGUCCCUUCACCUCUUGAUACGACACGACACCAACUCCUUCCUUGAUCUGCCUGAUGUAACUAUGCCUUGGUCUCCCUCUUCCCCUCCUUCCUUCUAUCUUACCUUUUAUUAUAAUGUUCAUAAGUUCGUCGUGUCGUAUCAAGUGUCCCAACAUUUUUCCCCUUCUGUCCUCAAUAGUUCUAAUAAUUUGUCUUUUUUCCUUAACCCUAAGCAGGACCUCCUCAUUGCUAAUUCGAUUUUGAUUGUAACUGUCAUUAAUUAUAUACAAAUGUAAUACAUUCUUUUUUUCAUUUAAUUAACAUUAUUUAAAUCUAUGUAUAUAAUGAAGAAUACUUAUAUAAAUACAAUAUAAUUGAUAAAUGCAUAAUUUGAGAACAGUCCGACCUACUUGACUAUUUUUUUUAUUGUUCGUGGUGGUCCUAAUGAAUAUUUUAGAGUAAGACAAAAAAAAUUUAUUUAGGAUGACAUCGGUAACGUCUAUGAGGGCCUUAAACCUCUUUGUUAAUUGUUACAAUAAUAGGAUUUGUUUCAUAUGAAAUGCUUUAGAGUAAGGUUAUAAAAAUGUAUUUAGGAUGAUAUCGACAACGUCUAUGAGGGCCUUAAACCCCUUUGUUCGCGAAUCAUAAUAGGAUUUGCUUCAUAUAACCUGCCGAUGUUAAAGGUUUUUUUUUUGAUGGGUGAAAAUGGUAUGAUAACCCCGCCUGCGCUAACGGGAUACGCUGGCGGAGCACCAGUAAAGGGUGAUUGAUGAGAAUGAAAACAGGCCAGUUAGCCCAUCAUGAUGAAUUCAGCAGGAAUUAACCAUGAUAGUUUCCACGGGGAACCGCGAGGAGGUCGACCUGGUUGGGUAUAUUGCUAGCAAUGGGAUUCUCAGUCUCUAUUACUAACAAUCCCUUUCCCCCCGAUGUGAAUGUAUUAUUACUAUCAAAUAUUACUGUAAUGGAGACUGAAAAAGUACAUAUGGAUUUUAUUAUUUAUUAAUCCUUUAUUAACCGGGGGGAGAAGGGAUUGUUAGUAAUGAGGAUAAGCAACCUCAUUGCUAGCAAUAAACCCUAUUACAUCGACCUCCACGCGGUUCUCCCUGGAAACCCUCAUGAUUGAUUCUUUGUUGAAUAUGUCAGGAUGGGCUAACUGACCUGCUUCAUUCUCGCCUGUCAUCCCUCACUGGUGCCCCGCCGGUGUAUACCGAUAGCGCGGGAGGGGUUACCAUUCCAUUUUUAACCAUUAUAAAAAAACCUUAAGUACAUGCCAGUAAACAGCAAUGACAUGACAGCAAUGUCAGCCAAAUGACAGAUGUAAGUUGACAACUGACAUUCACUGUCAUGCCAAUGCCAGUUAAACUCGGCGGGUAUGUAAAUUUUUAUUUUGAUUGAUGUAAAAUGGCCUUUUUAAUCUACCAGGCCCUCUAGACAAAUGGCGAGCGGAUUCGUCAAUGGAAUCGACAUCGCUAUCGAUUUCAUGAGUUGGAAUGAGACAUCCGACGUUGCUAUCUCAUUCUAUCUCACGGACUCGCUAGCGCUGGUCAGCUAGUCUGAAAUAAUGAUAGUUUAUGAGUGUUGUUGUGACGUGUCUCUGUUGUAUUGUACUAGUCUUUACCCGCGAUUUUACCUGGAAAUAUAUAGCACUUAUGUCCUCCUCCAUCCAGAAUAUUACGCAUAUUAAGAAAUAAUAAAGACUAAACCGGAAUUUUAACAAAAUAUUAAAAGUUGUUACGUGUGCCUAAUUAUUCUAUUGUCAUACAAAAUAUUGUUAUGAACUAUUAGAAAUAAAAAUAUUUAUACAGUGUG